AUGUCCAAGCUCAACUCUGCCCCGAGCUUUGCGGAUGGGUUUAAUUGGCAGUCCAAUCUCUGGCGCAUUAAAACCUCCCCAAAGCUCAAGUUCUUUCUCUGGAAAGCAGCGGUUGGAGCUCUCUCGGUUGGUUCAACCCUCAUAGCUCGAGGAUUAGACACCGAUGGUCGCUGCAUCAGAUGUGGGGCUCCGGAGGAUGUACUGCAUGUCCUCUUGAACUGUCCCUUUGCACAAAAGGUUUGGAAUCUAGCACGGGCUCACAAUAAGCCAAAUCCAGCAACCUGUGGAAAUCAAAAGCUCUUCCUCUCGGCUAUGAAACAGAUGGUUACUCUACCACCUACUGGUGUGGUCCUGACACCUCUUUAUCCGUGGAUUGUGUGGUUCCUAUGGAAAGCACGAAACCUUCUUCUCUUCGAAAACAAGACCAUCUCGCCGGAAGACUCUCUCCACAAGGCCAUUGUGGAAGCUAAAGCUUGGCAAGGAGCUCACGAGCCUCCCCCAGACCAAGAUCUGCCGACUGGAAACCUUGAUCUUUGGACUUUGCCUAUUUCAGGUAGUCUCAUCGCUUGUUUCUCAGACGCAUCCUGGUCUGCGGAUAGUUGUCGAUGUGGUGUUGGUUGGAUCUUUAAAUCUGCAGAUAAUGCAGUCAUGUUUCAAGAUUCAGAGGCGCACGGUUUUAUCCCUUCAGCCCUGGCGGCCGAAGCACUCGCUGUCAAGCUUGCUCUCAUCUCUGCGAGAGCUGCUGACUUUUUAAGUUUGGUCUGUUUCUCGGACUGUCAGGAGUUAGUUCUCCUCCUCAGCUCUGAUGGCAAUCAAAAUUCAAUGUCUCCUCUUAGACAUUAG